ACGCUGUCAGUGCGCUCCUGGCGUCCCCUGCGGACGUCGUCACGGCAGACGGCCCGUCCACGUCCACUGCAUAGUCCGACUGGCUAGCUUCCACAGGACGUCCGACUGCACAGGCUAAGCAGAAAUACCUACCUAUUUCGUCGACGCCCACCCCUCGGCAGCCAGUGCGCUCAGCUCGGCCUCAGCCGGGCACGGUACCAAUAGCUCUGCAGGGAUGUCUGACGCGGGAGCAGCACAGGCAGUUUCGGAGACGGCGCAGCUUGUUUCCGCCGACGACUACGCCAAGCAGAUCCGCGAUAAAAUCGCUGUGGGCCGGACGGUUCGCUGCCGCCGCUGCUACAGGAAAGUCCAUGAGACUGAUAUUGGCACUGUGACUAAGCUGGACAAAGAUGGACUGCAUGACCUCAACGUGCAGGUUCAUUGGCAUAAAGCGGGCGGCGCCUCCUGGGUGCGUUACGUUCACGUGGAGCUGCUCGAGGACUCGGGUGUUCGCCUCGGGGAGCAAGUGCGUGUGAGACGCUCUGUCGUCAGGCCAAAGUACGGCUGGGGAAGCGUGAACCACGACAGCGUCGGAAAAGUCACCGGUUUGUCCAGUGACGGAGAUGUCAUCGUUCACUUUCCGGAGAAGAGAGGGUGGAAGGCUCUGAUGUCUGAGCUGGAGCCAGCUACCGCUGAGCGUCGAGAAGAAGCUGUUCGUAAGAAGAUAGGCGUCGGGGAUCAAGUGCGUGUCAAACGCUCCGUGGACGAGCCGAGGUUCAAGUGGGGAAAUGUGACCCACAACAGCGUUGGCAAAGUGACAGGUAAGGAUUAACUUAUGUUACAGAUGACCUGAAACAAAGAAGGUAGUGAUGCAUGUCUGAAAAACAAUAGAUGCCGUUAAAGAAUAGACUCACCAGCAGACAUGUGCAUGGAUCCGAUAAAAUGGAUCCGGGAUCUGAUCCCACGGAUCCUGAUCUCGGAUCCGACGGGAUCAUAGAUCCAGCUCUGUAAUUUAUCGAGAGAUCCGUAGAGAUGACAGAUCCGAGUCUCAUUUUUUGCUUGAGGUCCAGUGAGAUCAUAGAUCCUCACUUAUUUUUUGUCAACAGAUAUAGGUAUCCCAAAAAAAAAA